UCUCCCUGCCGGUAACCCCAACAGCUCUGGUCCCCCUUCCCCAAACUAAACCUCAUAUCUGCCACUUUUAAGCAAGUUUCAAACAGUUUGGCAGCAAGAGAUUUAAGGUUUCAGGCACACGUCAUCGGAACACUGCGAUGGAUCAGCACAAGUAUCGCACGGCUGGCGUCCACGAGAAGCUGGAGAUCAUCGGGGUGGAGGAUGAGGCUGGAAACCCCAUCAGUGCCCUGACUAUCCUGUCGCUGCUGGAGCGCGUGGCUGGCAUCAUCGACAACGUCCAGUCCUGCCAGCAGCGCAUGGAGGAGCGUCAGCUGGAGCUGGAGAACAACAUCAAGACCAUCCAGGGCGACGUCCUGAAGCUGGCCAAGGACCACAACGACACCAGUGGCACGGUGGAAAAGCUCCUGCAGAAGACCCGCAAAGUCAGCGCCAACGUCAAGGAGGUCCGGACGCGCGUCGAGAAGCAAAACGUGCGAGUCAAGAAGGUUGAAUCCACACAGGAUGAGCUGCUCACCCGCAACAAGUUCCGGGUCGUCAUCUAUCAGGGUGAGGCAGAGGUCCCAUCAGUCGCUGUUACUAAGUCUCCUAAGGGACCCGGCCUGGAGGGGCUGGAUAUCGAGCCCGACUCCUACGACAUCCCCGCUGACCUCUCCUCCGAUGAAGAGUACCUGAGCGUGGAGGAGACUGACUCCUCACGAGCCGCUCGCCUCAAGAAAUCAGUCGUGAAGAGCAGGGCGACCCUGAAGGCCGCCUUCUCCAAGGAGAACAUGAACAAAACCAAAGACAGCCUUGGCAACAAGUUCCACAACCUGGGCGAGAAGGUCAUGCCGCACGAACGGAGGGAGAAGAUGCAUCAGGCCGGCGAGCGGCUGAAGCAGUCCGGCGAGCGGCUGAAGGAGAACAUCGCCAAGAAAGCGCCGAACAAAGAGACCUUCCGCAUCAAGCUGAAGAAGGAGAGAGCCGUCGCCGAGGGUCAGGAGGGCGCCGAGGCCGACCCCGAGCUCCACAUCCACGCCCAGGUCGAGGAGUCGCCGGUGCACAGCCCGGCGAUCACCUACACCGAGGUAGGCCCGGAAACCAAGAGGGAAGGGCCCGUGGAGGAGGCCAGCGCCACCCGGAUAGCAGAGGAGGAUUACAGGAAGUAGACAGGACGUGAUAGGACAGCGCUGACAUGAAGAGAGGGCGGGACACUCGUGCAAGAUUUAGAGGGAAGGUCUGUGGUUGGUCGACAACAACGAUGGACAUUUCAAUUAGUUUGAAUGUAUUAAAAUGGAAGAAGUUCUUGAGGUUUGGUGUUGGUACUGAAACAAAAGAUGUCACUAUAUGAACUGGUUAUUUAUUAACUCUGCAAAUUCAAGUCAGGUUACUCCAUUACAUGUUAUCUGUGUUGACAGUUUUUAACAAUUAUAAAAUUUAAACCGACUGAUCUGAUACAAACUCAGACAUGAAUGUGAGAAUCUUUAUUUUUAACGCACUGAGAGGAAUUUAGGUUUAGGGUUUUAGAUAAAAAGGUCCCUGAAGAGACUGCUGAGUUUGACUACUUUGUGAGUCCAAAUUUCAGAGAUGUGAGCUGGUUAACAGGCUGUGUUGUGAUUAGUAACCACGGUAUACAUGCAGAUGAGGUUGAGGUUUAUUUGCUCAAGAUGGCUCGAAGGAAAAAGAAAGAUAGCAACGAAUGUUGAUGUGAAGUUUGCGCCUUGAUCUUUUCUCUGGAUGUACUGUACGUAUAAUGUUGUACAUACUGCCAAAAGCAGGGAGGUGAAAUUGGUCCGUGCAGGCCUCAGCUGGUCUCUGAGAAGCCUUGUUGAGAAAAGAAAAUAACAUGGAUCCAACGUCAGACUGGUUUCUGUACGCAAAAUAGUAGGAGUAGAAGGAGAUGAAGUUAGAGUAAACUUUGUGGGGCUUAGAAGCGACAUCAGUGAUGGCUGAUAUAGACGUUAAAGCUGCACCAGACAAAGCGAUUUAACCAGAAAAGUCAAUGACGCAAAAUCAGCGAAAUGUGAGGAUUCGUUCUGUGUUCAUGGCAUGUGGGAUCAACACUGAAUGAAAAGUUACCUAGAGCUGAACAGUGGCAGCGGGACAGGGGGGACAGUCGGUCGUGGUUAGGCGCCACCAAAUUUAGCGCUGAAUUACAGUCUCGUUACCUCAAUGCUGCUAAUGGCCAUAAUCUGAACUGCCAUUUUGUUCACUUCGUUCAUUCGGCCUGACACCCUGUCCACGCUGGCCGAUUUCUGGUUAGGAAGGGUUCGUUUGGUUUGACCCUAUCCAGUCAGUAGCGCGUGUCGUAUCGGUCCCUCCAGAGGCUGCGGUAGCGGUUGCUUCACCUAACGUUCUCCACGGCUGUUGAGGAGGUAUCCGAGUUAUUAGGCGACCUACAGCAACCUGUAAAGCUCCGUCGACAUGUUUUCUAUGGACGCAGCGAGCUAGCUGUGAACGGCUGGGCAAGUUUCUCUUUAUUUCUAUAGCACCUUUCAACAACGAAGCCCGAGGAUCUCCACAGGAAUUUAGAAUAAAGUUCUCUGCGUUCGGCCAAACAUUAACAUUAGUCUGAUAAAAUCUUUGUCCAGUGCAGCUUUAAGUUUAACCGAGCAGCACAUAUAGUAACCAGUGAUACAAACUUGCAUGAGCUUAUAACCCAUGGUGACACAAAGCUGAUCUCGAUUGUCAUGUUGUAGACAUUAGACAAACUGUAAUUACUCUUGUGAAAGCAGUGGAUUUAAGGUGGUCUGAGCUCCUGUGUUGGGGGCUUAAAGCUCCUUUUGCACUGCUGCAUUUUAGCGUAUGAAUGUUUUAUUUUAUUUUUUUUUCAGUUUUUUGCUGCUCCAUAUUCAUAGUUUCAUUCUGAAGCUCGGCAGAUGUACUGAGUUUAUUCUCCUGGAGUGAAUACUGAGGUCACAGCUUUCAUCAGGAUCACAGCGAUGAAGGUUUUUGGAGCUUCAGUCAGAUGCUACUAGUUUCUGUAGAAGCUUUGCUUUUAUAGUGCUGUCAUUAUACAUUAGUACAGCGCCUUAUUCUGAAAAAUAUACGUCCUGUAUGGCUUUAAAUUUUUGUUGCAUUUCACAACUUGCUGUAUUUAUGUUCCUGUUUUGCUGCUGGUGAGUGGAUUUAUUUUAUUUGGUAUUAUUUAGUAUUUUGGUUUGAGCAUUUUUAACAGGGUUUCAUUUCCUACUUAUGUUACACUUUUUUUCAUUUUGGAUUACAGCUCAGUUUCCAUAUUGUGUUUUGUUGCCAUUUUUACAAUCAUCUGGAUCCAGUGUUAAGGUUUUCAAACGGAAAUCAGCUGACUGAAGACCUGUGCUCUCGUGUCGGCCUGUGCUGUACAGGCAGCACCAGAUGUUAAUCAUUUUGUUUUGUUUUUGUACA